ACUUCGUUUCCCUCUUUCGCUGCGCUUUGCCCAACGCUCGCCUCCAACUCCACGGAUCAGAUCCGAGGAGUUUGGCAAACCCUAGCUCCCUUUCUUCAAUCUCCUUCUGCUUCAACUUCCUCUCUGUUCUUGUCGAUCCGUAGCCAUGGCAGGUUUGGCUCCAGAAGGAUCCCAAUUUGAUUCUCGUCAAUAUGAUACUAAAAUGAAUGAGAUUCUUUCGGCAGAAGGCCAGGAAUUUUUUACCUCAUAUGAUGAAGUUUAUGAAAGUUUUGAUUCGAUGGGGCUGCAAGAAAACCUCCUUAGAGGCAUUUAUGCCUAUGGUUUCGAGAAGCCAUCUGCAAUUCAGCAAAGAGGUAUUGUUCCCUUCUGCAAAGGCCUUGAUGUGAUUCAGCAGGCUCAGUCUGGAACUGGGAAGACUGCAACCUUUUGCUCUGGAAUAUUGCAGCAACUUGAUUAUGGUCUAGUCCAGUGCCAGGCUUUAGUUUUGGCUCCAACUAGGGAGCUUGCUCAACAAAUUGAGAAGGUUAUGAGAGCUCUUGGAGAUUAUCUUGGUGUUAAGGUACAUGCUUGUGUGGGAGGGACAAGCGUCCGUGAGGAUCAACGCAUUCUUCAAGCUGGUGUUCACGUUGUAGUUGGAACACCUGGCCGUGUGUUUGACAUGUUAAGGAGGCAAUCUCUUCGUCCGGAUUCUAUUAAGAUGUUUGUAUUGGAUGAAGCUGAUGAAAUGCUUUCUCGAGGUUUCAAAGAUCAGAUUUAUGACAUUUUCCAGCUGUUGCCAUCAAAAAUUCAAGUUGGGGUGUUCUCAGCCACAAUGCCACCCGAAGCUUUGGAGAUUACUAGAAAAUUCAUGAACAAGCCUGUCAGAAUCUUGGUAAAACGUGAUGAGCUUACUUUGGAGGGUAUCAAACAAUUUUAUGUAAAUGUUGACAAGGAAGAUUGGAAACUUGAAACGUUAUGUGAUCUCUACGAGACUCUGGCUAUCACUCAAAGUGUCAUCUUUGUUAACACACGUCGCAAGGUCGAUUGGCUUACAGACAAGAUGAGAAGCCGAGACCAUACUGUAUCGGCCACCCACGGUGACAUGGACCAGAACACUCGAGAUAUAAUCAUGCGUGAAUUUCGGUCUGGCUCGUCUCGUGUUCUUAUCACAACUGACUUGUUAGCUCGAGGUAUUGAUGUUCAGCAAGUCUCCCUUGUUAUAAAUUAUGAUUUGCCAACCCAACCAGAGAAUUACCUUCAUCGAAUUGGUCGAAGUGGGCGUUUCGGAAGAAAAGGUGUGGCCAUUAAUUUUGUUACAAGCGAUGAUGAGAGAAUGCUUUUUGAUAUUCAGAAGUUCUAUAAUGUGGUCGUUGAGGAGCUGCCAGCCAAUGUUGCUGAUCUCCUAUGAUGAGGUUUUUGUUUAGCUUUUCUUUGUGUUCUGUUUUGUUUUUGUUCAUAGGGAUGGGAUUUUUCUUAUCUCUGAAGGACACUAUUUAGCCGCCCGCCCCUCACCCCUCGCCCCCCUUGAACAUUUUUCUACUGUCUCUUCACUCUGUUUUCGUAUAUUAGUAUUAUCAGACUGACAUUUUGUUAAUGAUUUAUGGUCUCUGCUUUCUGUGCAA